CGAUGAAAGACUGAAAAUGUAGAACUGCAGACGAAGCUGCGGAGUUCUUUCACGUGGUUAGCAACAACUACGCAGUCGAGUUGAAGGAGGACGGCGAUUCGUGAAUUGGAUCAAAGAGGCCGAGGCUCAAGGGGGAAGCGUUCCAGAAGUCGAGUCAAAUCGUUAUUGUUCAUUUCGCCUCCAGCUUCUGAUUUAUGAGAGGCUGAUCCAUCCGGAAGCGCAAUCGCAGCGAUGGCAGCGGCACGAAAUCACCUGACGAGCACUGCAAACUCCGCAUUGUACUCUUUUUUGCUCUUUGUCAUCACUUUGUCCUUACAACAAGUUUACAAGGAGAAACUGGCAUCGACAGAAGUUUUCACCAUACUUGGUGGAUUUGUCAGCUCCUUAUUAUUUCUGCUCGUCUUGACGUUCAUAGGCAACAUUCAGGAGUCUAUUGGUACGAGGACGGGGUGGGGCGCAGUGAUAUUUGCACAGUUCAUUGCUGCCGUUGCAGCUGGUGCUGUGCACAGAGUGUGUGUAACAACCUGUCUUUUGUUCUCCAUGGGACUACUGUACGAGCUGAACAAGUUAUCAACCGUCAUGCAUCAACAGCAAGAGGUUGUCAAAGGGAAGAAAGCAUACUAGCAGAAUGUAAUGGUUGCGGCUACGAAAUUUUGCAGUUAAGUGACAAACUACUUAAUGUCACCUUGUUGUGGACGGAGUGUUUAACCGGAUGGUGCCUAAAAGUUACGGGAAUAGAUGGUGUGACUAGCAACCACUUUACAAGUUACCGCUAAGCGGUCACUGCCACAAGUUAAUUCGUCUUUCAUUCUUUCUGAUGUGUUUACGGAGAUGAGCUGGUUCAAGACAGUACGAAUUUGCAGGCAAGAAAAUCACAUACAUGUGUUGUUGUACAGUUUUAUUUUCAGAUCUUUGGGCCAUGAGUUACUAUGAGAUGCAAAGGCUAUCUGGUUGAUCAAAUGCUUUCUCAAAUGGUUUAUAUACAAACUUGUUCACCUUAUGUAGUCUUCACUGAAGACUACAUAAGGUGAAGACUCUUCAGUCUCUAUGAUUAUCUUCAGGUGCAAAGCACUUCUCGCACACGUUUAAUCAAGGUGGCACUUGAGAAAUGAGUUUGCUAGAUCAUCUGAGUCCAAACUUUCAUUCAAGAUUUCUCUUGGCCAGUCGGACCUGCAAAAAGAAACUGUGCAAGUGGGAAGCUGAUGUAGCAAACGUAGAAUUGUAAACCAUCUACCUGCAACGAUCUUCAUUUUCUGGAGCUCAGGAUUUUGUGUGAACGGUUUCAUCUCAGGGUGGCACAGUAAAACUUAAAAGUUUUGUUUCGAUAAGGAUUCGCGUGCAGAUUUUCUUGUUAAAGACCCUGACUGAAACGUAUAAAUUCACGCUCACUCUACUUGAUACGUCAAAUAUGUAGUCCUGUUGCGAUCCUAGAUGUC